UAAUUGGCUUGAAGGCUUACCAGAGCUACAGAUCUCGUGCGAAAAUCUUCAUCCUUGCUUCAGAGGAGAAGAAACAGAGUCAGUGGAUUUGAGUUUUGAAACCCUAGCUGAAAUCGGCAUCUCAAACGAAGAUCGGGUGCUCAAAUGCCCGUUACUCUUUUUCAGUUUUGACCAACGAUCAUAGGCAGACUGGCUAUCUGGGUAGUAGAAAAUGCACCGUGGUCCAGUGGCAGUGGAGGAGCAAUUGCUACAGAGAGCUAUUAAAGAAGAAUGCCCUUGGGAAAACCUUCCAAAACGACUUCAAGUCACUCUUUCUUCUAAAGAAGAAUGGCAUAAAAGGAUUAUAGAAUACUGCAUAAGGAAGAGACUCCAAUGGAAUAACUGUUUUGCUCGCAAAGUUUGUAAAGAAAGUGAAUAUUAUGAAGAGAUGAUGCGUUAUUUGCGGAAGAACUUGGCUCUAUUUCCUUAUCACCUUGCAGAAUACAUCUGCCGCAUAAUGAGAAUCUCGCCUUUCAAAUAUUAUUGUGAUAUAAUUUUUGAAGUAAUGAAAAAUGAACAACCUUACGACAGCAUCCCAAAUUUUAGCGCUGCGGAUGCCCUAAGACUCACAGGAAUUGGGAGAAAUGAAUUUAUUGAUAUAAUGAAUAAGUGCAGAUCUAAGAAAAUCAUGUGGAAACUGAACAAGUCAAUUGCAAGAGAACUUUUACCAACACAGCCUGUGGAUUUCCCAAUUGAACCCUGGUGGGGAAUCUGUCUUGUGAACUUUACCUUGGAAGAAUUUAAGAAACUCUCAGAGGAGGAAGCAGCUACUAUAGACAAAAUUUGUAAAGAAGAAGCAAAUUCGUUUAUUCUGUUUGAUCCUGACAUAGUAAAGGGUCUCUAUAGACGGGGAUUGAUAUAUUUUGAUGUUCCUGUAUACCCUGAUGACCGAUUCAAAGUUUCCAGGCUUGAAGGUUUUGUUUCCAACAGGGAGCAGUCUUAUGAAGAUCCUAUUGAAGAGUUACUUUAUGCGGUCUUUGUUGUUUCAAGUGAGAAUGCAACUGUUGCUGAACUGGCAGCUACGCUACAGGCCGAUUUAUCUCAAUUGCAGGCCGCUGCAUCUUUUGUAUGCCGAUUGGGAUGGGCAACAAAAGUAAUUGAUCCAUCAGCUAUUCUUCAAGAUAUUAGCAUACCUGCUUCUCCUCGAAGUGUAGUCAGUGAUGAAGAGGGUUCUCAUGCUAGUCUGGGUUCUGAGAAUAUGCUUGUUGAUAAUGAUACGAAUCAACAAGAUGUUUCAGGACCAGGGAACUAUGGUCUUCGUUCAGCCUAUACGCGUGUUGCUUUCAUAGUUGAUGCUAACAUUACAUCCUAUUUAAUGAUGGGUUCUGUUUCGCCAGGGUUGAAAUCUCAUGCUGUUACACUCUAUGAAGCGGGAAAAUUGGGUCAUGCUAGCAUUGCUGAUCUUUGCAAGGAUCUAAGUACCUUGGAGGGUGCAAAAUUUGAGGGUGAACUACAGGAAUUUGCAAAUCAUGCUUUUAGCUUGCGAUUGGUACUAGAAUGUUUACAAUCAGGUGGACUUGCUACUGAUGCAAAAGUGGAGGAAAAAUUUGACAGCAUGGGUAUGCUAACUUCAAGCAAUGAUGAGUCAGCUUCUCUAAUAUCUGAAACAUCCUUGGCUGAUAAAUCAGGUGAUUCCAGUAUCACAGAGUCCAGGAAGGACAGUGAUCAUUUGUCAAAUUUGGAUAAAAAGAAGCAUGAGGAUGCUCUUGCUUCCUCUGAACCUACUUCUAGCAACACACUUGAUGGAACUCCUUCUACCACAUUGGAAGAUGACGUUAGUCAUAAGCAAGAAGCCAGUGAAUCUCAUGCCAAUCUCCUGAAUAAUGAGAAAAUAAUAGCAGCUGAUGCGUCGGAUGUUGGAGCAGAAAUAUUAAAGCGGAAAAAGAAAUAUCGUGUGGAUAUUCUCCGCUGUGAAAGCUUGGCCUCUCUUGCACCAGCUACUCUAGAUCGUCUGUUUCUUCGUGACUAUGAUAUAGUUGUGUCAAUAGUGCCUCUUCCUUAUUCAUCAAUUCUUCCUGGACCUGCAGGCCCUGUUCAUUUUGGUCCUCCCUCUUAUUCUUCUAUGACUCCUUGGAUGAAACUGGUAUUGUAUUCAACGGUAGCUUGUGGGCCAUUGUCAGUUGUACUAAUGAAAGGACAAUGCUUGCGCAUGCUUCCUGCCCCCUUGGCUGGAUGUGAGAAGGCCCUUAUAUGGUCUUGGGAUGGUUCCACCGUAGGAGGGUUGGGAGGGAAGCUUGAAGGAAACUUAGUGAAGGGAAGUAUACUCUUGCAUUGUUUAAAUUCACUUCUUAAACAUUCAGCUCUGUUGGUGCAACCUCUCAGUAGAUGUGAUCUUGAUGAUUCUGGAAAUGUGAUUACUAUUGAUAUCCCUCUGCCGCUAAAAAAUUCUGACGGCUCCAUUGCUCCAGUAGGAAAAGAGUCAGGUCUAUGUGAAGCAGAAAACUCAAAGCUGAAUUGUCUGUUGACUGAUUUGGCGAACAAGAUGGAAUUGUGGACAGUUGGUUACAUUCGCCUGUUGAAAUUAUUUAAUGGAAAAGAAACAGAUCAUUUGCCACCUAAAGAAAAGUAUGAAUGGGUUCCACUAAGUGUGGAGUUUGGGAUUCCUCUAUUUAGUCCAAAGUUGUGCGAUAAAAUAUGUAAGAAGGUGGUUUCAUCAGACUUCCUUCAAACUGGUUCAUUUAGUGAAUACCAUGAUGCAAUGCAAAGCUUAAGGAAAAAGUUGCGGGACAUUUGUGCUGAAUACCAAGCAACAGGUCCUGCUGCAAAGCUUCUGUAUCAGAAAGAGCAGGCUAAGGAUUCUUCUCGACAACUUAUGAACUAUGCUAGUGGAAGAUGGAACCCACUUUUGGACCCUUCUUCUCCGAUUUCAGGGGCGUCAAGUGAGCAUCAGAGAUUAAAACUUGUUAAUAGACAGCGCGGGCGAACUGAAAUUUUGAGCUUUGAUGGCAACAUUCUUAGAUCUUAUUCCUUAACAGGUUAUGAUGAUAUCACAAGGCCUGCUGGAGAAUCCCCUCAAGGAAAUAAUACGAAUAGAACUGAGCCAGAUGAAAAUGACAGUAAAGAAGUAGUCCUUCCCGGUGUAAAUCUUAUUUUUGAUGGAUCUGGUUUGCACCCCUUCGAUAUAGGUGCUUGCCUGCAGGCUCGCCAACCUAUUUCCUUAAUAUCAGAGGCAGCAGCUGCUUCAGCAUCUGCAGUAAAAUAGAUCUGCUGAUAUUCGUGCUCACAAAAGGCAAUGCUAGCAAGUUCCUUGGCAGUGUUAUUGCUACUGUCUGGUCUGUGUGCGUCUUCGAGAUUUGAUCAUUAUGCACAAACUUUGGGCUUAUGUUGAAGGUACUGAUUUAUAACCUGCUGUGGGGAAGGAAACGAAGCUGUGUUCAAGAAAGAAAUGGAGAUUUGAUGUAUUUGUUUGCUGGAGUGUAUUUUACUAUUGACGGGAAUGUUUUUUAGAUGUUCAUAGUCACAAAUUAAAAAAUGGGCAAUUGAUAGUCAAUUAUGAUUCAGGAAACAUUUGGCCUGAUGAAAUAUUUGAUCUCCACGGUUGUAAACAUUUUUUUUCUCAUGAUCAUUUGAUUGUAUCAUUUUUUUUCUUUUUAUGUGCAUAAAAAUAGAUAACUGAAAAUAGAUAACGUUGAGUAUUCAAUACACGAAUUUUUGGAGGUGAA